AUGGAGCAAGCACCCAAGAUAUCAGAGACAGUCUACGUGGUUAUGUGUUGGAUUGUAGGUACGCCAACACAAGUAUCCAUAAGACGAGAAGUAGCUGAUAUUAGUGAUAUGUUAAAGAAGCCAGUAAAACCACAUGGACUGAGAGUUAUGGUCAGUGGAAGUAUGAGAGAGGGGUUCGGUCGGUUUGCAUCAGACAUAGACUUUAUGGUGUGGCUAACUGAUCAUCAUGUUUUAUGGGAUUUAAAUCAUAUAGCUAAAUACAACAUAAAACGAUGUACUUUGCUCCUAAUGGAGUGUUUUGAGACUCCUCCUGGAUAUGCUUUGUUACAGCUACUGCCUUCUACAAACAAUGUUGUCAUACAGUCAUGUGCUGGAGAUACAGUCAUUGUAUCGUGCGAAGAAAAAAAUGAUAGGAUAUAUAUAUCAAGCUCAAAAUACAGAAAAAUGGCAGCAUCACUUGUUAAAGAAAAUCCUGUACAACAUGGGCCUUGUAUGAGUGGAAGGGAUUUCUAUACUAAAUAUGAAUUUGCAUACUGUUUUGCAUGUCGUCUCUGGCCAUCCAUUGCCUCUGCGUUUACUCUUAGAUGUAGGUCUCAAGCAUGGCCCCCGAAUCCUGUUUUAAGUGAUAUCGCCAACUCAGGAUGUCAUGUUGUACCAAUUGGGUUCAAAGAAUCCCCAGAGGAAGACUUGGAAUGGAGAAUUUCAUUCUCUAUUGCCGAGCAAAAACUUGUAUACUGCAUGAAUCACACACAGUUUAUGUGUUAUGGAUUGCUGAAGUUAUUUUUAAAAGAGGUUCUUACAGUGGAGGAUAAAACUGGACAGUCCCUUCUUUCCAAGAUUCCAUUGGAAAUUCAUUCGGCCAUUACACUUCACAUCCAUAUCGGCCUAUUGGACGAACACUAG